CCCCAUUUCUCUCCCUCUCUCUCUGAGAGACACACACCCGGCUCGCACUUGCGGACACUGGGCCUGCGACUUCCCCAGCACAGUCACCCCGAGAUUCUCAGACUCAGACUCCAAAACACGGGUCUCUAAUUUCAGACUUCCAAAUCGACCUUACUCCAUAAGUAUUUGUGACCUGAAAUCCUUGCCGUCAAAUCGACUGAAAGGGAAACAGAAUGGGAGCGGGCCGCUGAGCGGUGCUGUGGAGCGCACAAUUGUGCCGAGUGAAUGUGAGCUGUUAGUGGAAGGUUUGCUCUCACUUGGUUUGUAACAAUAAUGCCAUGUGCCUUGAACUUUGCUGCCAACCUGUCCUGGCUCUUUCCGGAGGUGGACACUCUGCUCCUUCGGGUGAAGGCAGCUGCCUGCGCUGGGUUCCAGGCAGUGGAGGUGGCGUGGCCUUAUGAUACUGAAGCAACAGAGCUGAAGGCAGCGUUGGAGAAAAAUGGACUGGAGAUCGUACUGAUUAAUACCCCACCAGGAGACAAAGAAAGAGGAGAACUUGGGCUCGGAGCUGAUCCGCGGCAACAAGCUGAAUUCCGCAGAGGAUUCAAUCUAGCAGUGCAGUAUGCCAGAACUGUGAACUGCAAGCGGAUCCAUUUGAUGGCUGGACGCACUCCAGUGGGCCUAGACAGAUCAGCUGAUUUCACAAAGAUGGAAGCCACAUUUAUUGAAAAUCUGAAAUAUGCGGCAGAUAUCCUUUCAAUGGAGGGAAUGGUGGGGUUGAUUGAACCUAUUAACACACGAAUCACGGAUCCCAACUACUUCCUGAGUACACCACAACAUGCUGUGAAGAUCCUCCGGCAGGUAGACCGGCCUAACCUGAAACUGCAGCUGGAUGUGUUUCACUGGCAGAUUAUGGAUGGGAAUCUGACUCAGAGCAUCACCAACUACUUCCCUCUCAUAGGACACAUCCAAGUCGCACAGGUCCCCAGCCGGAAUGAACCAGAUAGUCCUGGAGAGAUCAACUAUCAAUACAUCUUCAACCUGCUGGAAAAAUUAGGAUACGAAGGUUAUAUAGGUUGCGAGUAUACUCCAAAAGGCAACACAGUAGAUGGUCUUGGAUGGUUGAAGACCCAGUGGACAGUAAAUUGAUGGGUCUUCCUGAAUGUUAUCGAUGGGGGUGAAGAAUUAAUGGUUAACCUUCUCGAAUAGGUUUAAUUUGUUUGCAAUCAUUUUGUAAUUCAUCCGAAUAUACAGCUGACAACAGCAAGUUCAUUUGAGGAAUUGUUCACUAAGUAAUCUUGAAAACGGCAAAAUGAGCUGGAAUUCAUCUGGACAUAGAACAAAAAUGGCAGCCUGGAUCAUCAGACAGGGAUCGUAUGAAAUCUAGCUUAAUCAGAAAAAGUUAUACGGGAAGAUUUUGUGAUUAUUAUUGAUAAUCAAAUGAAUCUUUGCAGUAUUCAUUUCCCUUCGUCUGGCUGAGAAGCUCUUCUACCAUUUCAUUCCCAACCUGAAAGGACAGUGCAGAAUGUGUCCAUUAUAAGAGGUAUCACAGUAGCAUAGCAGCAUAGUGCCAGCGAUGCAUGUUCAAUUCUGCCGCUGUCUGUAAGGAACAUGUAUGUUCUCCCUGUGACUGCGUGGUGCUCCAGAUUUCUAAUACGUGCCAAAGUUGUACAGAUUUGUAGGUUAAUUGGGCACAUGGGAUUAACUAGACCAUACGGGCUGUUCUGUAUCUCCAAAUAAUUUUUUUUAAAUCCUGAAUGAUUGGGAAUAUGUAAUGAAUGUGUUUUUUAAAGAAAGAAUGAAUCUUUCGGCCACGGUACAAUUUUCUGAUUGUUUCACGAUGCUGUAACGAACAAGGAAUCUCUCCUAAUACGCCAUAAAUAAAAAUUUCCCAGUAUGUCAGUCUUGAUUCUUCUAAUCUCUCAUUUUACCUAAGGAUAGUUAAUUAUUACACACAUAAAUCCUCUCUUUUUAUUCAAAUAAACUGUUUUAUGAUCAUUGCCUCAGCAGUUAAAAAGCUUUAUUCAUACCCUGACUUAACAGAAUCACAUUCAGCUCUGUUGUUCACCCUUCAUUAUUGAGAACCCCAAAAUCAUUCCUGUUGCUGUUCCCUGAACACUCAUUGACAUAUUGAUAACAUUUUAAAAGGAAGAAAUCAAAACUUGCACAUCAUUCCAAAUCUGAGUUCUACACCUAUAGGAAUUUAGAAUAACUCUAGUCAUAUACCACCAAAUAGAGUUUCCAUAUCUGGAGUUUGUUAGUGAUAAUUUCUUAACAAUUACAAAUUUUCUUAACGUUCAAACUCUUUUCCUUACUCACCUUUAAUCUGAGACAAGAGGAAUACCAUUUCUCCUGGAUAGCUCAAAGCACAUACACAGAGUACUGCACAGAAACGUGUCCUUCAGCCCAUGAUGCUGUGCUUAACUAAUUAAGCAAAUGAAACAUAAUUAAAUGACUCCGUCUGCCUGCACAUGGCUCAUAUCCCUUCAUCUUUGCAUAUUCAUGUGCUUAUCUAAGAGCUUCUUAAAUGCCAAUGUUCAAUCUAAAUGCAGUUCCAUCCUUCGCAAUUCAAUUUUGUUUUUCUUUACAAACGUCUCCCUUCAAAAUGCACAUAUUUGUGAUUUCUUCAUUAAAAUCCACCUAUAGUUCCGGGGCAUAUAUUUUAAUUGGUUUGGGUCUCUGAACACUGAUUAUCUACCUAAGGUUUAUUACCUAGCCACUUAGCUUGAAAUCAUCACUCACACUGAUGUACAAACAUUCCUCCAGGUUACUUAUGAAUUGUGCCUACAGCAGGGUGCCAGCAUAGAUCUGUAUGCUGUGUUGUUGCUCACCUUCAUUGAAGCAGAGAUAUUUUCUUUUAUCACCACCUUCACAUUGCCAAGUUAAUGUACAAUGCAGCUGGCUCUGCCACUGUUUCCACAAACUAAAUAGGAAUUAAGCAGUUCAGGUUUUAGUCUUUUGAGUAAUGAGAAAAUUUUCCAUUUUAGAUCAUAAGACAUAGGGAGCAGAAUUAGGUCAUUUGGCCGAUCGAUAUUGUUCCACCAUUUCUUUAUAGCUGAUUUAAUAUCCUCUAUCCCAUUCUCCUGCCUUCUAUGCAUCACCUUUGACAUUCUUACUAAUUUAGAACUUAUCAAACUCAAUGAUUUGGCCUCCACAACCAUCUGUGCUUAUGAAUUCCAAAGAUUCACCCCCUCUGGCUAAAAUUACUUUUCAUCUCUGUUCUAAAUGGAUGUCCCUCUAUUCUGAGGCUGUGCUCUUUGAUCUUAAAAUUAUACACUGUAGGAAACAUCUCUCCACAUCCAUUCUAUCUAGGCCUUUCAAUGUUUGAUAGGUUUUAAUGAGAGCCCUCUCAUUCUUCUAAACACCAACAAGUACAAGGCCAGAGCCAUAAAAAGCUCCUCAUGAAUUAUUGUUUAAAAUAUAUGGUGUUUAUUCCUUAUAAGCAAUAACUGGGCUGAUUUCCUUCCUCAUUUUAGAAUAGUAAAGCUAAGUUCAUGGACUCCUCGUGAAAGCCAUUAACCAAUUCAUCGAAGGACUAUUUAAUUAAAAAUGUAAAAACAAUGGACAUUUUAGAAAGUAGAUAAUAGGAGAAUAUGAAUUAGGAAGAUAGCAAUUAUCAGUUUAUCUGUGCUGUGAGUAUAAACACAUACAGUAGAUGUUUAGAGCCUCAGUUGCUUUGGUGGUAUUAACAGAGCAUCCUAUUUGAAAGCCAGCCAUCCUCAAACUAAACUGCAUUUAGCGCAAGAAUAUUUCAAGACUAUUCCAUGUAGUAGCUCACUUCUAAAGGUACAUUCAUAGCUGCUCAGUGGCCAGUUUAUUAGGUACCACCGAAUAAAGUGACCACAGGUGUGAAACCCAUUGUGAUCUUCUGCUGCUGGAGCCCAUGCACUUCAAGAUUCAACGUGUUGUGUAUUUUCUGCCCACCACUGUUGAACAGCAUGGUGAUUUGAGUAACUGUCAACUUGAACUAAUCUGGCCAUUCUCCUCUGACUUCUCUACUUUAACAAGGCAUUUUCACCCGCAGUGCUGCGCUAACUGUAAGUUUUUUGCAGUAUUCUCUGUAAACUCUCAAGACUGUUGUAUGUGAAAAUCCCCAGGGGAUCAGCAGUUUCUGAGAUACUUAAACCACCCUGUCUGGCACCAACAACCAUUCCACAAUUAAAGUCACUUAGAGUCAUAGAGUACUAUAGAACAGCAACUGGACCUUCAGCCCAUUCAUGCCAAACUAUUCAUACCCCUCGUCCCAUUGACAUACAACCAAAAAAGGGUACUCCAUAUCCUUCCCAUCCAGGUACCUAUCCAAAUUUCUCUUAAAUGUUAAAAUCGAAUCCACAUCCACCACUGCUGCUGGCAGCCUUUCACACUCUCACCACUCCUAGUGAAGAAGUUACCCCUCAUGUUCCCUUUAAACAUUUCACCUUUCACCCUUAACCCAUGACCUCUAGGUUUAGUUUCAGUGGAAAAAGCCUGCUUGCAUUUAUCCUAUCUAUACCCCUAAUAAUUUUUUAAAUUAAUUGCAUAUGUAGCCCCCCCUGGCCAGCCUCAGGGUCGCUCAGCUCACUGUCGUCUAGGGAAACAGCCCUCGGCCCCGCCAAACUGGGUAAUAGUUUGAGUGGAUGCUGUGUGAUGUACUUCACCCCGCCCAAAUAACAGACAAUACACCAGAUACGAUUAAAUGAUUUACAGUUUAUAGAUAUUACUGGAACUAUAUAAUUAAUAGAGAAUAAAAUAUAAAGGAAAAUAAAAGGCGCCACACUUAUCAAAGUUCAACCUCUUCGUGCACAUCCAGUUGGAGCUCUGGACCCUUCUUCUUCACCCUGCGACCCCUCAGACCACCUUGACCGGCCGCCUGGGACUAACGACGGUGGUCGACCAGACGCUCCACACGAGUUCAUCUCUGUCUCCUCUCCUCGCCGAACGCCCCGCUUGGGGUCCAACCCCGUUAGCGGACUCACAGCACCUGGUCCAUCCUCUGUCUCUCUCUCCCGCCUUCUCCCCAAAACCCCGCGCAUACAAUAUCUUCAGAUACACCAAAAACAUAACAAUUAUCCCAACUGGUUCAUAACAUCUUAUCACAGUCUAACCCAAAACAAGCUGCUAGCGCAAGAACCUUCUCGGCGCUUAACGUAACAAAGAAGCAUUCCCAAGUAUAACAUGACAAAGAAGCCAUUUUAAUUAGCCUACACAGUAACAUAAAAGACAAAACCCCCUUACACAUAGUUUUUUUCUCAUUUCUUUUUGUAUUUGCACAGUUUGUUAUCUUUUGCAGAUUGGUGUGGUCUUUCAUUGAUUCUAUUACUGUUAUUGGAUUUAUUGAGUAUGCCCACAAGAUAAUGAAUCUCAUAGUUGUAGAUGUUGGCGUAAAUGUUUCUACAAAACAUUGUGCAUCAUGUUAAAUCAAAAGACAAAACCUGUCAACAAUAUAUUAAAAAUUAAAAAUCAAAAUUGUGAGGCUGAAGAAGUAUUCAUCCCCUUUGUAAUUACUAUGCUAACUUUCCCCAGGUGCAAUAUACUGUUGCCUUACCAACUCACCCAAUUUAUUAAUAUAGAAAAUUGGAGGAUCACCUGUUUUCAAUGAAUUUAUAAAAAUGCAUAGCCCCUCUCUCUGUAAGGUCCAACAGAAUAGUAGAUUUUCAACAGAUGAAACCAAUAUGAAGACAAAAGAGCAUUCUAGACAAGUGAGGGAAAUGAGUCUGGGGAAGGGUACAAGACCAUCUCAAAGGCACUGAACAUACCUCAACCAUGCUGCCUGGAUUAGCCCCACGCCCCCCAAACUUAGUUGUCAGAAAAGAAUGGCAUUUGUAAGAGAGGCUACUGUGAUGCCAGUUGUCACACUGAGUGAGCUGCAGAAGUCAGUGUCUGCCAUUAGAGAUGAAGUUCAUAGCUCCACAAUCUCUAAGGCCUUGGACAAAAAGGGUAUUUGUGGAAGAGUGGCAAGGAAGAAACUCUGGCAAUAAAAACAAAACAUAUCCUUGCCCAUAAAGACUUUGCAAAGCAUCACUUACAAGAUACUUAAAGAUGUGGAAGAAGGUCUUGUAGUCGGAUGAGACCGAAGUUGAACUUGUUGGCCUCAACACUAAGCGGUAUGUGUGGCAUAAAUCUAAAACCAUGCUUCAGCGAAGGAACACCACCCCUAUCGUAAAGUAUGGUGGAGCCAGUUUUAUGCUAUGCAGAUGCUUUUCCGCAGCAGGGACUGACAAUCUGGUCAGGAUUGAUGGGAAGAUGAAUGCUGCUAAAUACUGUACUGAGAAAUCCUGGAUAAAAACCUGCUAGCAUCUACCAGAAAGCUUACACUUGGGAGGAAGUUUAUCUUUCAGGAAGACAACGACCCAAAGCACAUUGCCAGAGCAACCACUGAGUGGCUUCAAAUGAAGAAAAUUGAUGUCCUUGAGUGGCCCAGUUAGAGUCCUGACCUUAACCCAAUCGAACAUCUCUGGCAAGACCUCAAGAAAGUUGUCUACCUCCACUCCCAACUAACGUGGCACAGCUUGAGCAAUUUUCAAGGAGGAAUGGGUAAAUCUUGCUCCAUCACACUGUGCAAAGCUAAUUGAGACUCAUCCAAAAAGACUACUGGCUAUAAUAACUGCGAGAUGUAGUUCAACUAACUACUGAGCAAAGGAGAUGAAUACUUUUGAACUGCUGAUAUUUCAGUUUUUGAUGAUUCACAAUUUUCCAUGUUUUGGGGGCUCUACUGUGGAAAAAGGAGCAUGUGAUUGACAAAUAAAAAUUCUCAGUUAAAUUGAUCAAAAAUCCUAGUAAUAAAUGAACAAAGGGUUGGGGGCUGCAUACUUUUACAAGGUAUUGUAUAUGUAUUUU